GUGUGUGUUUCUUGCUACAUGUUCAGAGAAAAGUCUUCAGUUUUAACAAUGAAGUUCCUCUCUUUUAAAAUAUACUCUUUUCUUGUUUGUUAUUCACUUCUGGUGUGUUAUGUCAAAGCAGUUACAAGAAUACCAUAUAAUGAGUCUAUUCCAGCAGUGAUAGUUUUCGGAGACUCCAUUGUCGAUACAGGUAACAAUAAUGGCCUUAAAACUGUAUCUAAGGUUAAUUAUCCGCCGUAUGGACAGGAUUUUAUGGGAGGAAAACCAACUGGAAGGUUUUCUAAUGGUAAAGUUCCUGCAGACUUGAUUGUGGAAGAAUUGGGAAUAAAAGAGCUUUUACCAGCAUAUCUUGAUCCAACUUUACAACCAGUAGACCUCAUCACUGGAGUUAAUUUUGCUUCGGGUGGUGCUGGAUAUGAUCCUCUGACAUCUGAACUCGCGAAAGUUAUUUCAUUGUCCCGUCAGUUGGAAAUGUUCAAAGAGUACAUACUAAAGCUAAGAGAAAUAGUUGGAGAGGAUAGGAAGAAUGAGAUCUUGGCCAACAGUCUAUUCAUAUUGGUUACAGGAACCAAUGACAUUAUCAACACAUACUUUAGUACGCCUCUUCGGAAAUCCUUCUAUGAUGUUUCAACAUAUACCGAUCUUUUGCUCAACUCUGCUUCUAGUUUUGUACAGGAUUUAUAUGGGCUAGGGGCACGUCGGAUUGGUGUUUUUGGCAUACCACCAAUCGGAUGCUUGCCAUCUCAAAGAACAUUGAGAGGAGGAGAAGAAAGGGAAUGUGUUGAUUAUUUGAACCAAGCGGCACAAUUGUUCAACAGCAAGCUGGCAGCUGAAUUGCGCUCUCUGGGAAACAAACUUCCUGAUUCAAGAAUGGUGUAUGUAGAUGUAUACGAUCUUCCACUUGAUGUCAUCUACAACCCUCAAAAAUAUGGAUUCAAGAUUUCAGACAAGGGAUGCUGUGGGACGGGGAAAAUAGAAGUCGCAGAGUUAUGCACAUUUACAUGUUCCAGUGAUUCUGAUUAUGUUUUUUGGGAUAGCUUUCAUCUUACAGAAAAAGCAUACAGACAAUUAGUUCAUCAAAUUCUUGCCCAACAUUUAAAGAUGCUUUCAGCUUUAUCAAUGGAGUUGUUCUUUUUCAAAAUUUAUACUUUUCUUGUAUUAUUCUCAAGAAUUUGUUUUGCACUUGUAAUGUGCAAUGUCCAGGCAGUCAAAACUAUACCAGCAUUGAUAGUUUUUGGAGACUCUAUUGUUGAUACCGGUAACAAUAAUGGCCUCAAAACAAUAGGGAAGGCUAAUUAUCCUCCUUAUGGAAAGGAUUUCAUAGGAGGACAACCAACUGGAAGGUUUUCUAAUGGAAAAGUUCCACCAGACUUUAUUGUGGAAGAAUUGGGAAUAAAAGAGCUUUUACCAGCAUAUCUUGAUCCAACUUUACAACCAGUAGACCUCAUCACUGGAGUUAAUUUUGCUUCGGGUGGUGCUGGAUAUGAUCCUCUAACAUCUGAACUCGUGAAAGUUAUAUCAUUGUCCGGUCAGUUGGAAAUGUUCAAAGAGUACAUAGUAAAGCUUAAAGAGAUAGUAGGAGAGGAUAGGAAGAAUGAGAUCUUGACCAACAGCCUAUUCAUAUUGGUCAUAGGAAGCAAUGACAUUACCAACACAUACUUUAAUACGCCUCUUCGAAAAUCCUACUAUGAUGUUUCAUCGUAUGCUGAUCUUUUGGUCAACUCUGCUUCCAGUUUUGUACAGGAUUUAUAUGGGCUAGGGGCACGUCGGAUUGGUGUUUUUGGCAUACCACCAAUCGGAUGUUUGCCAUCUCAAAGAACAUUGAGAGGAGGAGAAGAAAGGGAAUGUGUUGAUUAUUUGAACCAAGCGGCACAACUGUUCAACAGCAAGUUGGCAGCUGAGUUAAGCUCUCUUGGAAACAAAUUUCCUGAUUCACGAAUGGUGUAUGUAGAUGUAUACAAUCUUCCACUUGAUGUCAUCUACAACCCUCAAAAAUAUGGAUUCAAGAUUUCAGACAAAGGAUGCUGUGGGACGGGGAAAAUAGAAGUCGCAGAGUUAUGCGCAUUUACAUGUUCCAGUGAUUCUGAUUAUGUUUUUUGGGAUAGCUUUCAUCUUACAGAAAAAGCAUACAGACUGUUAGUUCAUCAAUUUCUUGUCCAACAUUUAAGUAGCUUCUUCUGAUAGAUUCACAUGCCAACAUUUAUUUUUGUUGUAUACUGCAAGGAGAAGAAGAAUACCAGCCCACCCUAUGUACUAUCCUACUCAUUUGGUUUUGGCCUUUGGGACAAUUAUACAUGAUUUAUAGCACAUGGAUUGUAAUACAGCUAAAUAUAAUCAAUCAAUUCUUAGUA